UAGUAAAAAUCAUCGAGGAAGGAAUAGAAAAAGCCGGUAAGCCGCUUAUGUUUCUUGAAGGGGAAGACGACCACAAGGUGCCCAUACAUGACAAAGCCUUAAGGUGCACGGUUGCUUUCAAGGCUAUUGGAAGAAUAAUUGGGCACUCUGUAUUACACGGGGGACCAGUUGUAUAUGGCCUGUCUCCAGCUGUGGUCGAGUACUGGAGGUUAAGCGACAUUGGUAGUGUAGAUGUAUUGGCACUAACAAGUAAAUCAUCUGGAUUUACACAAAAUAAAAAAAUAAG